AUCUGCUUCGACUCUCCAUGCUUCGUGGAUCAUUUACAGGGCUGUAACCAAUCCUGCUCUUUCAUUGUUCUGAAAUUCAAAUCGAUCAUCAUGGCUCUUCGUCCUAGACUACGUUUGUUCUCCAUCCUACGACCUGCUGGAGUACAGCCUGUCCGCCGCCUAGCUACAGAGUCGCGGUUAACUUCGGACCAUGUCCGUAUCGUCGAAGUAGGACCUCGAGACGGAUUGCAAAAUGAGAAGAAGUCGAUACCGUUGAAGACGAAGUUGGAGCUCAUUGACAGGCUUGCAAAUACUGGCGUGACUACUAUCGAGGCUGGUUCAUUCGUCUCUCCGAAAUGGGUACCACAGAUGGAAAGUACUGCCGACAUCUUUGAGCGUCUUCUCCAGUCGCCACCGCAAUCGAAUCAUGCCAUUGCAUACAACUACCUAGUUCCUAAUAUCAAGGGAAUGGAGAACCUUGUCAAAGUUAUGGGCGAUGUAGGUAUUUCAACCGAGACUUUAGGGUCACCUUCGAAACCAGCCACGAUAACGGAGAUCUCUGUCUUUACGGCGGCAACCGAAUCUUUCACUAAAGCAAAUACCAACUGCACCAUUGGGGAGUCGUUGGAGCGAAUAAAGCCCAUCGUGGAGCUGGCAAAGACAAAAAAUAUCAGGGUUCGAGGCUAUGUAUCUGUCGCAUUAGGUUGUCCUUAUGAAGGCCCGGAUGUCUCACCGUCCAAGGUCGCAGAGAUCACCGCUUCUCUCCUCGAAAUGGGCGCUGAUGAGGUUUCCGUUGCCGAUACAACAGGCAUGGGAACCGCUCCCAGCACUCUGAAGCUGCUUCAGACUCUUCGAGCAGCGGGGAUUGCUAGUACUGACAUUGCACUGCACUUCCAUGAUACAUAUGGCCAAGCACUGGUCAAUACCAUUGUGGGUCUGGAGCAUGGCAUAAGGAUUUUUGAUAGCAGUGUGGGUGGUCUUGGAGGUUGCCCUUACUCCAAGGGUGCAACAGGGAAUGUCUCGACGGAGGAUCUUGUUCACACCCUUCACAGUGUGGGGAUGCAUACUGGUGUCAACCUGGAAGAGAUGUCGAAGAUUGGGUCUUGGAUUAGUGGUGAGCUGGGCCGCGUCAAUCAAAGCCGGGCUGGAAAAGCCACCCUUGCAAGACUCCAAGGGUAGGGCAGUGAGCUUCCCUUUCACGUAGUCGCAAAUCUUCCCUGAUCAACCAGGGUACAAGGCUGUGCUUGUGGACUUUCUUGAUGUUGAUCUUAUUGUUCAUACUGCAUGCUGCACCUUUCUAUCCUCUACUCUUCUGUGAAAAGCAACCAGGAUUUAUGAAUAAUAUCAUUUGCAUAUAAACUGGAGUUAGACUUCCCACAAAACGUGUAGCCCGACAUCCUUAUGUAUCCAAAGUAUGAUAUGAACAUGUGCGCAGCCAAUAUGGAAAUCUUCCCGGACCAUUUCAGGAAUUUCAACGAAACCUGAACCUAGAUAAUAACUAACGCCAAACUCUGCCAACAUAUCAUCUUCAUAAUGAGUAUACUCAAUACACGAUCUUCUUUAAAAAUCCGUAACCCGCCCCCCAUAGCUCCAAUCCCCCUCCGCACCCCAGCGUAAAGGCUCAUUCUUCGGACCCCCAAUCUCCCCAGUCUUCGGGUUCUUCUCCCCUUCGAAUUCCGGCUUCAACCCAGGAUUGAAAUCACGAUGCAGUCCCUCACUUUUGUUUCCGGACGCCUGGACCUGUGCAUCUCCCUCCGAAUUCGGGGACUGGUUGACCUUGGGAGUGCUGAAAGCGCCCGUAGAUUCCCGUUGGAGUUUUUCGAAGAUUUCCUGUUCUUCUUUUGGGAGUCUGAAGGGAGCGGGAGAGUUUGCAAAGGGUAUUGAGGCUUUUUUAUUAUCAUAUUUGUCGUCUGCUGCUCUGCGGCUGGUGGUUGAGAGCGCUCGGAAGGGAUGGAUGAUGAGGAAUCGGGAUGUGGUGGAUGGAGUGGAAAGAAGUGUUCGGCGAUAUGCUAGGAAGGACGCCAUCUUGAAGUCUCGGCUUUUCUUUCCCUCUCUUGGGAUUGUUUUUGGGUCUGUAGGUAGCAAAGGGAAUGUCAAUAGUCGCGGAAUGAUG